AUGAUGGACAUGACCGAUGGACGUCCUCAUAAUAAUCAUGUAGAUGUAGGAGACGACUGUUAUUGUGAUAGAAGCUCAGGGUAUUAUGGUGAUCAUCAUUGCCAUUGUCCUCCUAAAGUUGAUUGGCCAGGGUAUCGAUUGAAACCAUGGGCACCUCAGGACGACCGUAGAUAUUAUCAUAAUAUUUAUUAUCUUGAUGGUCAACAACCGUAUACAACGCAAGGCGUUCAAGAUUAUGAUUAUGAUUGGGAGUGA